AAAUUUAUGAGUAGGACAAAAGGGAGGGCCCCCACCCCGAAAAGCACGAUUAGCUAAUGACGGAAUUGCCCCUGAACGUUUCCGCUUCCUCGCUUCCUAUAAAUAUCCCUCCUGCAACACUACUGCACGCAUCACGCAGUCCAUUUAUUCAUUGUCAUUUCUCUCUCUAGAAUUCCUCCUCCUUCUUUCAAUUUCUCUCUCUUAGGGUUUGAUUCGCAGGAUGGUGCUGGAGGCAGAAGAGGUUGUUGUUGUAGCUGGUAACGGUGCGACGGCAGCUGCUCCUCAUGUGGUGUUUAUUUCGGGGAAGCCGUGGUUGGCUGUGGAGCCGCCGAGAGCCAACGACGCCGUGGAGUUCUACAAGGCGGCGUUCGGAGCGGAGGAGGUGAGCCGCGUGGCUCAUGCUAAGAGGAAGGCGGAGCAGGAUCUCCCUCUCAUUCGCGCCGCCGAGCUCAAGAUUGGCUCCUUCAUCUUCGUCGUCUCUGACUUCAUUGAAGGCUCUACUCUGUUGAAGUCUGGCAUGAAUGGCAGCGUCUUCACCCUGCAAACGGACGACGUUGAAACUGCGGUCGACAAAGCUGUGGCAGCUGGUGCUGUUUUAGAUGGUGGCGAGGCCGACGAGGCUGAACGCACGUGCUUUGGUGGUCGCACGGCAUUUGUCAAGGAUCCAUACGGCAACGUCUGGGUUAUCGCCUCCCCGUUUCAACCGUCCCCUGACGUGGCAGCUUAGGAGCCGUUGAUCUGUUUUACUCUUUAUCUACCCUACUUGCUUAGUUUAAAUUCAUGUUUGGACUUUUUUUAAUUAGGAGUAAAUUUGGACGUUUAAUUGCUUUAUUAUAAUCAAACAGAAGGAAGGCUUAAUUCUUCUGCUACUUAACGGCCGUUAAUGACUUCCUUUUUUUAAUUAUGGUUUUUAUUAAUCUGUUAUUGA